UCGGUGCCCGAGGUCAAUCAGGAAACCAGCUGUUCAGGGCCCGUUUGGUAAUGGUCGACCCAUCGACCUUUCAGCUGAUCGCCGUUUACGUGGUGCCGUGGUGCGACCGACGUGACAACGACCGACGACGCCGUCCACGUCUUUUGUUGUCCGAAACGUUAGCGGGAAGACGGCAGCACGCCAUGCCAGAACGGUCGCCCGUGACGUAACGGUGCUGAUCGUCGUUAAAAGAGCGAGACGAGAGCUGUUUUGUUUUGUCGUUGCGGGCAGAAGGUAAAAGGGGGCAGGGCGCGUUUCAAAAAUAAGUCUGGCCUCUCGCAGCGACUCAUCGGGGGACGAAGGUGGCGAACCGCCUCGCAAAAGGACCCGAAGAGACACCGCCACGAUGCAGGCGAGCAACGGCUGCGUCCAGAACGGGGCAUCCGCCUCGAACGGGACUGCGUCCGCGGACGGCACCGUUACCCUCUCAGAGACCAACAGGGAAAUCGUUCGUCUGAUCGGGCAGUACCUCAAGAACGAGGGACUCACGAGAACAUGCGAAUCCCUGAUGUCGGAGUCGAAAUGCCGGCUGGACCAUCCGGCGGCGGCGAAAUUCAGACAACACGUGAUGGACGGCGAUUGGACGAAAGCGGACCACGAUUUGCAGGAACUCAAACCGAUGCUCGGCCCCGAAAAUAGUCUUGUGGAGAUGAAGUUUUUGCUGCUGGAGCAGAAGUACUUGGAGUAUUUGGAAGACGCUCGUGUUCUGGACGCCCUACACGUUUUACGUAACGAACUGACACCGCUCCAGCACAACACGCAACGUGUUCACCAACUGAGCAGUUACAUGAUGUGUUCCAACACGGAAGAGUUACUAGAAAGGACCAAAUGGGAGGGAAAAGGUGUACGAUCUCGCAGCAUUCUAAUGGAUAAAUUGCAGUCUUAUUUGCCACCAAGUGUGAUGCUACCCCCAAGUCGCCUCCAUGCUUUGUUGAAGCAAGCGUUAGAACUUCAAACAUUGCGCUGCACGCAUCACAACACCUCCGUUGAGGUUGCCUUGGACAAUUCAUCUCUUCUGGUCGAUCACUGUUGUCCAAGGGAUUCUUUUCCCAUGCACACAGUUCAAGUGUUGAUCGACCACUGCGACGAGGUGUGGUUCUGUCAGUUCUCGCCGGACGGCACGAAACUGGCCACCGGUUCGAAAGACACGAACGUCAUCAUUUGGGACGUCCAUCCCGACACCUGCACACUAUCGCUCAAGAAGGUCCUAGAGAACCAUCGACACGGUGCGGCGUAUUUAUCGUGGAGUCCCGAUUCGACCCAUCUGCUAGUGUGCGGUCCGGAGGAAUGUGCGGAAGUGUUCCUCUGGAAUAUCGAGACGGAAAAGUUCCUCAAAGUGUCCCAGUCGCCGGAAGACUCGCUUACUUGCUGUUCAUGGACUAAAGACGGCACUAAAUUUUACGUUGGAGGCACGAGGGGUCAGUUUUACAUGUGCGACAUGGACGGGAACAUGUUGGAUUCGUGGGAAGGGGUAAGAGUCAGUGGACUCAUGUGCAGAAAGGAUGGUAAGACGGUUUUGGCUUCCGACACACACCAUCGUAUCAGGGCUUAUGUGUUUGGCGACUAUGAACAAGGAAUGAUCCAAGAGGACCAUCCGAUAAUGUCGUUCACGGUGGACAAAAGGGACCGAUUAGCUCUUCUGAACAUUGCAACGCAAGGAGUUCACUUGUGGGAUUUGAACGAUAGAUGUUUAGUCAGAAGUUAUCAGGGCGUUACUCAGGGCCAUUUUACCAUCCAUUCUACUUUCGGCGGUGCCAACCAAGACUUUAUCGCCAGUGGCAGCGAGGAUAACCAGGUGUAUAUAUGGCAUAUCAAAAACAAACUGCCGAUCGCCACAUUGCAAGGCCACACGAGAAGCGUGAACUGCGUGGCCUGGAACCCGGUUUACCCCCAGAUGCUGGUCUCGGUCUCCGACGACUGCUCGGUGCGCGUUUGGGGCCCGCGUGACAAGGUGCCGAAGCCGUCAGUGUCUUCUUCGUCGAACAGUGAUACUAGUAACAACGGUACGUGGAACGACAUGGUUUCAUAGUACAUGUUGGAAAUCAAAGACUGAAUCUAGCUAAGCGUUUUAUUCGAAUGGAAUUUCUCGCGCGGCGCGAGAUGUUUUGCCUCCGACUGCGUGUUUUGUAUUUAAAUUCGAUUUUUAUUAAGUACUCGAAAUAUACACUACUGCCUACCUAUAUUAUAUAUGUAAUGUACGUUAUAACUUUAUUAAUUGUGUGUUCUAAGUAGCCAGUUGUUGUGAUGUCUCUGCACAUUAUAUUAAUUAUUAUUUUAUUUAUCUUUUUAUUUCUUUAUUAACAAUUAUCGUAAAAUAAAUGGAGAGAGAGUUAUUAAAUAUUUGUUAACAAAAAAAUGUCACUACAUUAUCUAUUAAAAUGUAACAUUUUUUCAGGUGCAAAUAUUAAAAUAAAUUAUUAAUGUACACUUUCAAAUCGAUGAUUACGCAAGAAUUUAAAUACGAAACACAUUUUGUCUCCGCAUCAAAUUCGUUCAUCACAGUCACACGUAUUAAAUAACCAAUUUUUUAACGAAGCAGUGGGUCUGCAAAAACAAAAAUCUAUUUUGUAAAAGCUGACAUAUUUACUUAUUUUUUAUGUAGAGCAUAGUUUUUAUCGUUCAAAAAUAUUGGAAGAAAAUUAGCGUUAAUUUUUUGUAAUUUUUGAUACAUUUUGUAUUGGAUCUAAAGUUAAUUUUUUACGUUAGAUACUUGGUUUUACUUUUUAUUUAUUGUUGAGGAUACAGUAUAUAAUAAAACAUACAAUACAAUUA